GAUGAUUUCGUUGAAGGGAAAAUAUUUCGAAGAGUUAUCCAUCGGUCUGGGAACAGUCUUGAAGGAAAUAGAGUCCAGUGUACUUUACGCCUCACGCUUUCAUUCGUCAAAUCCUUUAGUGAUAUUUUGGCGACCCCGUAAUUCGAUUCCAAAUGACUAGGUAUGUAAGCAGUUGUUUCAUUACUCUGGUCGUUCUGUUCCUUUGGCGGGUCGAAGACAUCGCAGACGCUUGCGUAUGCUUCCCUCAGCAUCCUCAACAGGCUUUUUGCAAUGCAGAAGUUGUGAUCAGGGCGAAGGUGGUUGGAAAGGAAGCGGUGUCGAACGCCAUCAAGUAUGACAUCCAACAGAUCAAGAUGUUCAAAGGUUAUGACCAGGUUAUCCACGCCAUCUACACUUACACCACUUCGUGCAGCGUGACUCUAGAAAUCAACAAGGAGUAUCUCUUCACAGGCAAGCUGAAGACUGGAAGGAUGUCUGUAACACUGUGUGGCUAUAAUCCGCCUUGGGAGGACUUGAGUGCUGCACAAAAGAACAGCUUGACUCACCGCUACCAAAGCGGCUGUGAUUGCAAGAUCAUCCGCUGCACUUCCCUUCCCUGUCCAAUCAGCACCUCAGAUGAGUGCCUGUGGAUGGACAUUGGCCAAAGCGGACCCUGGGACAAUAACAUUGCCUGUAUCAAGGGGGAUGAUGGAUCCUGUGCCUGGUAAAAGGGGGUGGCACCGCCCAAGUAGUUUCUGGAUAUUGAUGACCCCUAAACUUUACAGGCCAUCUACUCAUAGGAAAAAAAGCUACCAACUCAAAUAAUUAUGAUUAAAUUAAUCUAGGAAGUAGUUUCUAACAAUUACAAGACCGAUAUUGAUUUGUCAAGUUGUGUUGUCAGAGGACAGGUUGCAGGAAAUGGUCAAUGUGAAAGAGGGCAACAAUCUUGUGAAAAUGUCACUUGUUGUAAAA